CUUCAAAAGUUUGAAAUUUUGAAGAGGAAUCAAAAGAAGCAGUUAUUUUCAGCGAACUAUUUUGCUAAUUUACUCUUUUGGGUAGUUCUAAUUCCACUUAAAGAAACAAAAGACCAUUAAUUUAUUAGAAAAUGAGGAGAAAGAAGCUUCGUUUGAGCAAGAUCUAUUCGUUUAGAUGUGGGAGAGCAUGUUUCAAAGAAGACCAUUCUCAGAUUGGAGGGCCAGGAUUUUCAAGGGUGGUUUAUUGCAACGACCCAGAUUGUUUUGAGGCUGGGAUUCGUAAUUACGGUGAUAAUUAUGUUAGUACUACCAAGUAUACACUUGCCACUUUCUUGCCAAAAUCAUUGUUUGAGCAGUUUAGGAGAGUGGCCAAUUUUUACUUUUUGGUCACUGGGAUUUUGGCCUUUACUCCACUUGCUGCUUACACGGCUGUCAGUGCUAUUAUUCCUCUGAUUAUCAUUGUUGCGGCGACCAUGAUCAAAGAAGGUGUGGAAGAUUGGCGGAGACAGAAGCAGGACAUGGAGGUGAACAACAGAAAGGUCAAAGUGCGCAAACAUGAUGGCACAUUUGGUUAUACUGAAUGGAAGAAUCUGAAAGUGGGAGAUGUAGUGAAGGUGGGAAAAGAUGAAUUUUUUCCAGCAGAUCUCCUUUUGCUUUCAUCCAGUUAUGAAGAUGCAGUAUGCUAUGUUGAGACCAUGAACCUUGAUGGAGAGACAAACUUAAAAUUGAAGCAAGCGUUGGAGGUAACUUCAUCCUUACAUGAGGAUUCUAACUUCCACGAUUUUAAGGCUGCUGUUAAAUGUGAAGAUCCAAAUGUAAAUUUGUACUCUUUCAUCGGAACCUUGGAAUUUGAAGAGCAACAAUAUCCCCUUUCUCCUCAACAACUCCUUCUCAGAGACUCUAAACUCCGAAAUACAGACUACAUAUAUGGGGUUGUUAUAUUCACUGGUCAUGACACAAAAGUGAUUCAAAAUUCUACGGAUCCCCCAUCAAAGAGAAGCAAACUUGAGAAGAAAAUGGACAAAAUUAUCUACUUUUUGUUCUCUCUUUUGUUUUUGAUGGCAUUUGUUGGGUCUGUUUUCUUUGGUAUUUCAACUAAAGAUGACUUAGAAAAUGGGGUGAUGGAAAGAUGGUAUCUUAGACCCGAUGAUUCUACAAUUUUCUUUGAUCCUGAGAAAGCACCAGCUGCAGCAAUUUAUCACUUUCUGACAGCGCUAAUGUUGUACGGUUUCUUCAUCCCAAUCUCCUUGUAUGUGUCAGUAGAAGUUGUCAAAGUUCUUCAGUGCAUCUUUAUCAAUCAAGAUAUAGAAAUGUACUAUGAGGAAGCAGACAAACCAGCUCAUGCCCGUACCUCAAAUUUGAAUGAGGAACUUGGCCAAGUUGAUACAAUACUUUCUGAUAAGACUGGAACCUUGACAUGCAAUUCAAUGGAGUUCAUCAAGUGUUCUGUGGCUGGAACAGCUUAUGGCCGUGGUGUCACAGAGGUCGAGAGGGCUAUGGAUAGAAGAAGUAAUUCACCUUUAGUUCAGCAAAAUAAUAAUGGAUCUAACCCUACAGAUGACUCAACUGACAACAAGCCACGCAUCAAAGGCUUCAACUUUGUGGAUGAAAGAAUCACGAGUGGCAAUUGGGUAAACGAGCCACAUGCAGAUGUCAUCCAGAAAUUUUUACGUCUGUUGGCACUUUGCCAUACUGCAAUACCUGAAGUAAAUGAAAAUACUGGGAAGAUCUCAUACGAGGCUGAAUCACCGGAUGAAGCAGCAUUUGUCAUUGCUGCAAGAGAACUUGGUUUUGAAUUCUAUAAAAGAACACAGACCAGCAUAUCACUUCGCGAGUUAGAUCAAGUGUCUGGCAAGAAAGUUGAAAGAGUAUACAAACUUCUUAAUGUUUUAGAGUUCAACAGUGCAAGGAAACGGAUGUCUGUGAUUGUUGAAAAUGAGGAAGGGAAAAUAGUGUUACUUUGCAAAGGUGCCGAUAGUGUCAUGCUUGAAAGACUGGCCAGUAAUGGUAGGAAGUUUGAAGAAGCGACAAUGGAGCAUGUUAAUGAAUAUGCUAAUGCAGGCCUUCGGACCCUGAUACUUGCUUAUCAUGAACUUGAUAAAGAAGAAUAUAAACAGUUUGAAGAGAAAUUUUCUGAGGCCAAAAAUUCAGUUAGUGCAGAUCGAGAAGCGUUGAUUGAUGAAGUAACUGAAAAAAUUGAGAGGGAUUUAAUUCUUCUUGGUGCAACUGCUGUAGAAGACAAACUCCAAAAUGGGGUUCCUGAUUGCAUUGACAAGCUUGCCCAAGCUGGAAUCAAAAUUUGGGUUUUAACUGGGGACAAGAUGGAGACUGCCAUUAAUAUCGGCUUUGCUUGUAGUUUACUUCGGCAAGGAAUGAAACAGAUUAUAAUUAACUUGGAUUUUCCAGAAAUUCAAGCACUGGAAAAGGCAGGAGAAAAGGCGUCUAUCACUAAGGCGUCAAAGGAGAGUGUUGUCCGUCAGAUAAAAGAUGGGAAGGCUCAAAUUUCUACAGCUAGAGUGGGAUCUGAGGCAUUUGCUUUAAUCAUUGAUGGGAAGUCACUUACUUAUGCUUUAGAGGAUGAUAUGAAGAAGAUGUUUCUAGAGGUUGCCAUUGGUUGUGCAUCUGUUAUUUGUUGCCGCUCAUCGCCGAAACAGAAGGCGCUGGUUACAAGACUCGUGAAAUCUGGAACUGGAAAAACAACAUUAGCAAUUGGUGACGGUGCCAAUGAUGUGGGAAUGCUUCAAGAAGCGGACAUUGGGAUUGGUAUCAGUGGUGUUGAGGGAAUGCAGGCUGUAAUGUCAAGUGAUGUUGCGAUAGCACAGUUCCGAUAUUUGGAGCGCCUGCUACUUGUGCAUGGGCAUUGGUGUUAUAGACGGAUUUCUUCAAUGAUAUGCUAUUUUUUCUACAAGAACGUCACAUUUGGUUUCACUCUCUUCUUAUACGAGGCACACGCAUCAUUUUCUGGGCAGCCUGCGUACAAUGAUUGGUUCCUGUCACUUUAUAAUGUUUUCUUCUCAUCACUUCCAGCGAUUGCUAUGGGAGUCUUUGACCAAGAUGUAUCUGCACGGUUUUGCCUCAAGUUUCCUCUGUUAUACCAAGAAGGGGUGCAGAAUGUCCUUUUCAGCUGGCGCCGAAUUCUAAGCUGGAUGUUGAAUGGGUUAAUCAGUGCUGUAAUAAUUUUCUUCUUCUGUACUAAAUCAUUGGAACUACAGGCAUUUAAUGACGAUGGAAGAACGGUUGGAAGGGAUAUCUUAGGGGCAACGAUGUAUACGUGCAUAGUUUGGGUUGUCAACUUGCAGAUGGCACUUGCCAUAUCGUACUUUACUCUGAUACAACACAUUUUCAUCUGGGGUUCCAUUGCUUUCUGGUAUAUUUUCCUCUUGAUAUAUGGAGCCAUGUCUCCCAGUUUCUCCACCACUGCUUACAAAAUCUUCAUCGAAACGCUUGCCCCCUCUCCUUCCUACUGGGUGGUCACGCUCUUUGUGGUGAUCUCAGCUCUAAUUCCAUAUUUCUCAUACUCAGCAAUCCAAAUGCGCUUCUUUCCCAUGUCUCAUGAAAUGAUACAAUGGAUAAGGUAUGAGGGGCGAUCAAAUGAUCCUGAGUACUGCGAUAUGGUUCGACAGAGAUCCAUACGACCUACCACAGUUGGCUUCACAGCUCGUGUAGCAGCACGGAGUAACUGAUUGAAAAAUAAAAUGCAGAACUGCUCAUGAAGCUUGGAAAUUCGGAUGGUGGGCUGUCAACAAUUACAGGUCAAUGAGUAAUUGCUUGGAAGUCAGAUUUGUCCCUCACUCUUUUACAUGAUUGUGUAUUUGUGUUGAAUAAUGGGAGAAUUUACAUGGCAGGCUCAAAACAUGUCUCAGAGCUUAUAGUUGCUAGAUGACUGUACAGUUGUAUUAUUCAGCUGUAGCAUAUAUUAGAUGGUUAGGAAAGCCUUGAAAUCUGUAAAUUUUUAUUCUUUGCCUUAUUCGCUCCAAAUUUUAUUUACUA